AUGGCAAACAAGAAAGGCAGUAAGAGAGCAAACACCCCGAGAGAUCCAUUCGAGAAGGAAAGGCUUAUAAGAGAGAUCCAGCUGGUUGGCGUGUAUGGGCUGAAGAACAAGCACGAGCUUUGGGUCAUGGAGAAGAUGUUUUCAAAGGAUAAAGAGCGUGCGCGUAUGCUUCUUACGUCGACAAAUCCUGAGGACAUCCCCAUAGACGGGAGGUCUCUCCUUAAGAGGCUCAUGAAGUAUGGAAUACUUAAUGGAAUUGAUCUUUGUGACAAGCAGAAGGUGAUUGAAGGUCUCAACAAGGUUCUUGACCUUACGAUCAACCAUUAUCUGGAAAGGCGUCUUCAAUUCCGAGUGUUUGCAGCUGGGCUGGCAAAGUCUGUACAUCAUGCAAGGGUUCUUAUAAAAGGAAGGUGCAUCUCUAUCAAAGACCAGGUUGUUGAUGUCCCUGGGUUCAUGGUGAGAGCAGACAAGGAGCCACUUAUUGAAUACAAUCCAUACUCACGCUAUGGGGACAAGGGUAAGAAGAAGAAGGCAGGGGCUAAGGUAGAUGAGGAAUGA